AUGACCUCUGACAUGGAGAACAGCUGUUCCCCACAACCUACACAGAAAAUCUUUAAAGAAAAGAGGAACCUGUCCAGAAAACAAGACCUGAAGCCAACCAGCCAGACAAACAAACAGAUGGAGAGAGCAGACAGAUGUGGAGAGAUGGAGGAGGAGAGUAUCACAUUCCAACAUAUGAUUGAGGUGGAUGUUGAAAUUAACAGUGUACAUAAUGUAGGAAUUAGUGAUGUUCAGAAAACACCAUUAAAUUCAGUUAAACCUUGUUCCAAAUGCAAAUCCACCACCACUCAGAGAAUGCAAAGGAAGGCUCAUGCCCACCCAGCAACAGCUGCAGCAAGUGUUCCCCGUCCAUCCACCCACACCACUGUACCCAGCCCUCCUUCUGAGAUAUCCAUCUCUGACACAGCAGCACAGGAGCUCUGUGACCUCAGGAACUACUAUAGCAAACAGCUGAGGAGAAUAAACUACAUUUCCCAUGAGCACUUGGAACAGACCACAGAACCAGGCGUGCUGGCCUGUGUCAGAGAGCCUUUGAAGAGCCUCCACCUGCCCCACAGGUCGACUAUUUCCAAGUCAGCUCGAAGCCUGUGGACACGCAUCAGCGGCAGGAGAAAGCUGGUCCACCGCUGAUGAUGAUACUGUUUGGUUUUUCCCUGUGUACAUAUUACUGUUGGUUGUUAUGUGACUUCAUGUAGGAUUUAAACACAUGCUUUUAGUCUUGCUGGGAAUAAAAGAAAGGAAACACUGGCAUGAAUGCACAAGCAAGCAUAGCAACACAUUUUUGUUUAGUCAGCAUUUGACAGAAGCUGUAAGGAGGAAAAAAUUAAAGAUUUUGUGUUUGAAACUUUAAGAUCAGGUGGAAAUUUUUUUUUU